UUCUUGUGUGUAUCCUAGGCUAUCUUAGUGCAAUCGCGGACAAAGGAAAGAACUUCGUGACGUACCGUAAAGAAAGAAAGAAAAAACGACGCGUGGUGGUGUCUUCUUUUCGGCGCCCGAGACUCGCUGGUUCGCCUUCUUUCCGCCACCAUGGCCCCAGGGCUCGGAGGAAAGCAGAUCGGAGAGCUGGACAUCGUGCCAACGGGUCGGCUGUUCGAAAAUGAGGUCAUGCCCGACAUCCCGGAAGAGCAGUACGCCAAGUUUCGGAAGGACCCGCGAUACCAGGUCGAAAUCGUAUGGCGUAACGUGCUCAUUUUCUUCGUUCUCCACGUCCUGGCCGUCGUGGGGGCGUACAUGGCUGUGGCCAGGGCCAUGGGCCUAACCCUGCUUUUUACCCUCGUCCUGCUGUUCUGGGGCGGCUUUGGCGUGACGGCUGGUGCUCAUCGGCUCUGGGCUCACCGCACUUACAAGGCUCGGCUGCCACUGCGGCUUUUCCUCACUUUCUGCCAAACUUUGGCUCUCCAGAACAGCUUGUAUGAAUGGUGCCGAGACCAUCGAUUGCAUCACAAGUUCAGCGAAACAGACGCAGACCCUCACAACGCUCGCCGAGGAUUCUUUUUUGCACACAUGGGUUGGCUCAUGUGCAAAAAGCAUCCAGAAGUGAAGGAAAAGGGAAAAGUGCUGGACAUGAAAGACCUGCUCGAAGAUCCCUGUGUUUAUUACCAACGAAAGUUCUACAUUCCACUCAUCCUGUUGAUCUGGGGCGUUUUUCCGACCGCGGUCCCGGUCUACUUUUGGGGCGAGGACGUGGCUGUUGCCAUGCUGUUCAGUGUGUUUUUUCGCUACGUGUUCUCUUUGCAUUGCACGUGGCUCGUCAACAGCGCAGCACACCUCUACGGCAACAAGCCAUUCGACAAGUUCAUCAACGCAGCUGAAAACGUGAGGGUGGCAUACGCUGCAUUGGGCGAAGGGUGGCACAACUAUCAUCACGUAUUCCCGUGGGACUACAAAACGUCAGAGUUGGGAGACUACUCGGUGAACCUCACCAAGAUGUUCAUAGACUCGAUGGCAUUCAUCGGACAAGCCUAUGACCUCAAAACGGUUAGCCGAGAGGUUAUCCUGGCUCGGGCGGCGCGAACCGGCGAUGGUACCCAUCCGUCAGCGAAUGAUGGCAACGCCAGUGGCGCCUCUGAUGGUGACGCCAAGGCAAUGCAUCCCAGACAGCGGCUGGUGGUUUCCUAGUUCCAGACAUUGGUUGGUUUCCUCGUCUGAACACUCCAAGGCGAUCAUACAGCACGAGGAAGCAAUGUUGGUGUCCAGUAUUCCCAACCGUCAUCAUCACCGUCAUCAUCAUAAAGAGAUUUGGAUGCUUUUAUUCUGCUGAUUUUUCUUAUCCCGCUUGCGAAUUCAACGUGCGGGAAAUAUUUGUGGCUUGAUUCGUGUUAUUUUUUUUUCUUUUCACGUCGAAUUCCUCUUGGGUUGCUGGGUUUUGAGGGUGAGACCGUGGUGAAAUUCGCGAUGUAAUAUGAAGCUCAAUUGAAGUUCCUGUUCGGGGGAAAAGUACGAUAGCUUACGAUUUACGGGCCACGGGGUGAAGAUUCGCUGGAAGUAGCAUUCUGCCCCCGUUUCCCGUGCUUAUUUUUGCAGGAAUCGCACUUUGAUAUUAAAAAAGGCUGUUCGUGUUUUUCAUGUUUUCAAGAUUCCGAUGAGUUUGCGUCACCGUGCGCCUGGGAAAUUCAGGAAUCGAAUGUUGAAUGCGUCGAUGACCGAAGCAUAUUUACCCAUGAAAUUUUCUCUGUCGAAACUGCACUCGAAGCAAAAAUUUCAUCAGCUGUAAUUUCCCUCUCUCUUUUUUUUUAUUAAAAAAAACUGUCAUAGCAUCAAGAUUUAUGUCGGUGCUUGCUUCACCUAUAGUUGCUCGAUUGCUCUUACAGCAGGUUUCCCAACUGCUUUUCUCUACUGGCUUGGUUCUGGAGAAAAUUACAAUGGAUAAACAAGUUUUUUUUAACGAAUCAGAUGUUAGGAAACAUGCAAGCACUUCAUGUUUGAUGGCUCUUUGACAAGAAUAGGUUUCACGUGACGAUAAGGGGUGAAUUCACAAUCUCCCAAAAAUGAAUUCAACUUGUGGCAGCGUGAGAAGUGUUACCAGUCUUUCGAGGGUUGACCCCUCAGGAAUUGAAGAAAACGGCACUUUUUCUGUGAAAGAAACAAAUUACGCUGACGAAAGGAAUCCGUGGAGUGUUUGACCUCAUUUUUGAUGUUGUUGUACGUCGUGUAGAGUUAAGUGUGGGGCGUGAACAUGCCUUGCAGCAUGUUUGAACAGCUUCGGAUGUGGUGCUGAAAGCAAACUGCGAAAGUCGUUCAUUCGUUCGUCUGACAAUCCGAGAGGUUUUUUUCCUGGAAAUGAGGACUUUCUUACUUAGUAGUUAAUUUCGAGAAUGGAAAAUGGUACGCAGUACUGAAGUACAUGUACUGCGUGGGAGUUCGCAGCUCUAAAGAUUCGACGUUCCAUGGUUCGAUAGGAUACAGUAAUUCCGCUCCGAUACGAAUAUUGCAUUCGAAUCCGAGCUACCGACUUUAUUUGGUUCACGUGAAGGAAUCGUAAAGUUAAUGCCAUGACCCACCAAUUUACUUCUGUAUAAAAAACCUCGUUGUAUUCUUGAAUUUGGAAGAGGUCGUGGGAUGGUACAUUAAAAUGGAAAAUACAAGUCAACUCGGGAGAUUCAAUCUGAAGUUUCGUACCACCGACAGGAAUCAUUUCUGUGUACUGAGAACCAGCACAUUAUGAACAUAUAUUUUAGACGAAGAAUCAAAUCGCUUCAUCGAAAAGGUAACCUCUCGAAUGCUUUCAAAUUUUAUUCCGGACGUGGACCUUGUAGAAUUUCCGCAACAACAAAAUCGCGUCUAGGACCCGCGUUUCUUCCGUUCCUGGUGUAUUUUAUUUCAGCAACGCAUCCGAGGAGAGUUUCGAUAUUGCCCAGGCUUUUUGACCAGUGCAAGAUUUUUUUGUUCGGAUUUAUUAUUUUCUUUUCCCGAAUGUGUGCAAAAAGCGUGGCCGCGGCGGAUAAUUUACUUUCAUUGGCAUGAUUUUGCACGACGCUUGGCCGAAUUUGAGGCACAGUUGAAUGUACUGCGUCGCGGCGCGCGAACGAGUGUACUGGUGCGGAUUUUGAAGAAAAACCCCGCUUUCGGAGAGAAAAAAAAAAACUGACGGAGUGCAUUCAUUUGCGUUCGUGUUGUAAGACGGAAA